AUGGCGCUCGAUCCAUUUCGAAUUAGGAAGCCCAAAACAACCUUGAGCAGUGUUCAGGGAAAGAUAACUGUUCUAUCCGCCGAUGGUGAGCGUAUCGGCCAAUGGGGAGGGACCGAGUGCUUUCUUUCCCGGCAAGCAGGCCUUGGGCCGUGCUUAGUCGUCCGCUCCAGUCGUCAUCGUCGUGGUCAGGGAACGUUUUUCCAGCUAUCUGGGCUGCGCCAAGUGCUUUCCUCUCACGUACUGCAGGGUAAGUUGACGCUGGUGCUACCACAUGCCCAUCAGCGCCUUUGCACAGUGUUCAUCAACGCCUCUCCUACAGACAUUGAGGAGUUGCAGAUGAUGGCGGGAACCCUACAAGAUCGCUCGCGAUGGGGGACUUUAGAAAAGAACGUAGCCAAACACGCUGGGGGUUCCGCAGCGCGCGGCAGAGGCAGCGGCCAAGGAAGAGAAGCGGGAGCCAGUGGAGAUAAAACGCACACACGUUCUGGCUACCUGCGCGAUCCAACGCAGACCGGACUUGAACGGGAAUACAACGACAGUACCGACGACGAAGACGAAUACUCAAGUGAAGCGAAGGCGCCUAUGCCUUCGAUGAAGCGCUCUCGAAGCUUAACCGAUAGUCCCCGCCCUCCGGAUCCGUGUUCGGCUCCGGAACAGAAGUGUCCUCCCUACAAGAAGCUUUCCUCGGACGCCUUUGAGUGGACGCCACGGCAGGCAGAGGCGGUGGUUUUGCUUCGUGAUGGGCGUAACGUCUUUGUGACGGGUGCAGCGGGGACCGGUAAGACGGCGUGGCUGCAGCGGGUGAUUCGAGACGUGCUGCCACAGGAAAGGACUGUGGUAACAGCCGCAACCGGAGUCGCGGCACGAGCUCUUGGUGGCUUUACCAUUCACAGCUUCGCCGGUAUAGGCCGGGGUGAGGGUGCACUCGAUAGUGUGUUACGAAAAGUUAAAAGUAAGCCAAGCGCAAUACGGUGUUGGCAGGCGUGCGAUGUAUUGGUCCUAGAUGAGAUCGGCAUGCUACCAGCGCACGUGUUUAGUUUACUCGACGCCGUUGCCCGAGAUGUCCGUCAAGAACCAAACAAACCCUUUGGUGGAAUUCAGUUGCUGGUCGUAACUGAUUUUCUGCAACUCUCGCCAGUUGCGCGGGCAGGGGAAGAAGUCCAGUCGGUCUUCGCGAGUGUGGCAUGGCAACAGUGUAAUUUUCAUGGAAUUCAAUUUACAGAAAAUUAUCGCCAUGCUUCAGACGCGCGCUUUGCGCGAUGCUGCGAAGAUGUUCGAAGUGGUCGCUACACGUUGGCAGUGGACAACGUCCUUUCAGAGUGUCUGAAUCGCGAUAUAGGUAAAUGCCACGGCGUCGAGGCUGUCGUGAUCCUCCCGCAAAAAAAGGAUGUGGAUCACUACAACCAGCUUCGCUUAGAUGCACUGGGGAGCGCGCAUGCUUACCGUUAUACCAGCGAGGAUUACGCUAUGGUGCCAGGAUCUGACAUUAGCUCCGAGAUCCCUCUGCCAGCCCUACUGAACCUCAAAAUUGGCGCACAGGUAAUGCUGCUCUCUACGCUUCCGGAACACCCGUCGUUGGAUAUCGGUAGGUGUGGCGUCGUGCGCUGCUUUGUGGAGCAGUCGGCCGGUGAGCCGGCUCUGCCCGUUGUUGAGUUUAUCAUUCCUGGCCGUUCAGUGGAGGUGUUGGUGCCCUGGAUCACAAUGGAGGUCAUGAAUCCGGACGGGAGCUUGAGUAUGGUGCGUAGACAAGUGCCACUAGAGCUAGCCUGGGCCCUCACCAUACACCGCGUGCAGGGCAUCACACUUCCAAUGGUCAAGGUACCGCUGGACAGUAAUUUUUCCGAACCCGGACAGCCUUACACUGCGAUUUCGCGGGUAGAAAGCGCGACGAAUCUUUGUAUCACUGCCUUGGACCCUAAGAUCAUUGCGAAUUCAAAGCCCGAGGUAAUGGUAUUUUAUGAGAAAAUCUUCCCCACUGAUGCGGAGGAAGUAAUCCGAUAUAAAGCGCAAAUGGAGAAGGACCGUGGCACAUUGGAGGCACGUCUGGCGCAGCGGCAGCCCCCACAGUCACGAUGGCGACCAUAUCUGGAGGGAGCACGGCAAAACAAGUCCACUAAAGAUAAAUUCAUCGAUGGAACUGACCGAUUUCCUCAUGACAACCAUCAGCCUGUAGAACCUUUAGGUAAGAAAAUGAGACAUGAAAAGGAUGCGAGAACUGAAGGGUCGCCUUAUCAGGCUGAAAUGGAACGGGACUUGAAUUUUUUGGCAGUCGCACGCGACAAUUUAGACGGCAUGGGCGUCAAUCAAGUUCAUGGAAUAGCACCCAACGCGAAAACCUUUCUAAGAGGAAAAGGAUUAAGGGUAGAACAUGGCCCGAGCACUAGUCCUGCUGCCACUGUUGUGGAUGAUAAACAAAACACUGAAGGAAAAGUAUACUGCCUUAUGAAGGAAAAAGUAGAAAUGGGAAAUGAAUUAAGCAUACAAGACUGCACCGCGAGGGGACUCAUAGUGUCCAACGAGCUGCCACAGCUGACCCAAGAGAGCGAAGCGCUUACGGCAACGCAAGGAACUCAAACACUUGAGAUUAUGAGAAAGUUGCUAGUGGAAAAUGAUGAGUGA